AUGCCUAGAGAAACUCCCACUUAUGCCCUGUUGCCGUGCGCGCUUUGUCAGUUUGAGACUGCCUCUGGCGACGACAUCGUGAUUAGUUCAUGCUUUCAUUCGGCUUGUCUCGACAUGGUAGAUCUAGAGGAUGAGCUCUAUCUUUUGCGUUUCGUGGAAGCGAUGAGAUACAAGCGCCAACCUAAUUUACUGCAGAAGGAAAUGCGCCGUCACCACCUGAUAACUUGUUUGAGCGCAGGGCUCCUGGAGAGUUUUGCGCAACAGGGGACACAUCUACCACUGGAGCUCUGGAAUAAAAUAGCAGAGCAUCUGUUACCGCAUUACGCAUCGGCAAACGCGCGAUCAUUAUGGCGACGUAUUAAGCCAGAGCCUGUACGCAUGACAGAAGAUAUAUGGUGCAAAUAUGUGGAUUUUGAAGGUAUUCGAUACAUCACAAAACUGUCAAAUAGCCCCUCUGAUGGUUGGGAGCUGAUCUAUCGACCUUCCGGCGAGAGUAUCAAGUACAUAUUCACAGCGGAAAACCACCUCGGCGUCAUUAGUUUGCUAUUUUCUACAUCGUCCAAUGAGCCCCAGGUCGAUGAGGCACCAGGGAUCUGGUGGCGCACAGUUCAUGUCAAGGGCGAAGAUCUGGCCCUCCGCGAAAGAAUUGAUGCAUGUUCCCUAUUAUUUACUUGCCCUUGA